UCCAGGAUUUAUUUGGUUCACCGCCAUACUUUGACCAGACCGAACUGAGGAUCGAGGCCAAGCCUGGGAAUGAUGUGAUCCUCAAUUGUGAUGCACGUAAUUUUCCAGAUCAACAACGCGGUGAUGUGGUACAAGGGCUCGACGAUCAUUGCUAAUGGCCGGAAUCCGAUCAGCCACCGGGUGGAGGGCAUGAAGAAUAACUCAAUCCUGCUGAGGGAUGUCACGCCGGACGAUUCAGGCGAUUACUAUUGUGCCAUACUGCCGCAGGACGUUCGACAGCAUACGACACUGAGGGUGGGCGCCCGGCUGUCGAUCCUCUGCGACGAUCGCGAUGUUACGGAUCGCUCGCAGACGUUCAGGCAGGGCGACCACCACAAGCUCGAGUGUCGAACGUAUCUGCCCACAGACCCCAGCAUCAAGUGGUCCUUUAAUGGCCAGCGCUUGGAGUCGUCACCAGAGGACACUGCCGAUGGGACCAUUGUGCUGGACAAUGUGGACGAGAUGAAUGCAGGCGUGUACCAGUGCCUCGGCGACGAUGGCAGCCGCGAUCCUCCGCACGGCAUGGUCACCAUCGAUGUCCACUACAGCCCCAAGGUAUCGACGCACCGGCACCACGUCAACACGGAGGAAGGCGGCACUGCCGAGGUGUACUGCAACUAUCGCGCCAAUCCCAUUGCCAUCAGUUUCUUCAUCAAGGAUGGCAAGACGCUGAAGCUGUCCGAGAAGUACUCGAAAAAGGACUCCUUCCACAAUGGCCACAAUCGCACCACGCUGAUUGUCAAGGAUGUGGAUGUCAGUGACCUGGGCGAGUAUCUGUGCCAUGCGGAGAACGCCAUUGGCUCCAACGAGGCAAAGAUCCACCUCAGCUACAACCCGGAGACGCCGCAAUUCGAGGACAUGACCAUCGACGGCACCAAGGUUACCAUGCACUGGCUGGUGCGCAGUCUGCAGCCGCUGUCCGAGGCCAUGCUCGACUACAAGCUGACAGGGUCGUACACUUGGAGCACCGUUUCGGUUCUGCAGACGCAGCGACACAAUCAGACGGGUGGCAUCUGGAAGAUCACGCAUCAGCUGGAUCUGCCGGCACGAGGCCUUUGGCAUGCACGCGUCAAGACGAAGAACACCCAGGGAUGGUCCAACUUCUCGCCAGAUCACGAUUUCCGCCUAGCGGACGAUGAUGCAUCCAAUGACGAUUCGGACAGGGAGCUGCCACCCGACCAGAUCAUGCGCGCCGGCAUCGGCUCAGUGGGUGGUGGAGCGGCAUCAGCGUUACAGCAGCUGCCUGCUGGCUCGCUCUUCUUGGCAGGUCUCAGCGUGCUCUGGCUGCGGCUGCAUCUCUAAGGGGUGCCCGGCACUCUGGGCCAUCCGGAGGACUGUACAUACGUAUUUCCGGAUCACUUAGCUGGCGAAAGCAAACACACGAAAGCACACACACGAAACGCAAAUAGGAAAAGAAACUAAAGUAUUCUAAUUAUACAAAAUGCUAAUGCGCGCUGCUCCGGGCAGCCAAUACUUGCUUGGGGUCAAUGUUAAUGCUAAUCCCCAUGCUAUAAUGCACGCUGGAGCGCAUCACCACAUUGAAACAUUUGUGCCAAGCAGAGGAUGGAAAGGAGACGGAGACGGAGAGGACUACGUGCGAAUUAAAGUUAAUUUAGUUUAGUUAAAGUUAAAGAAGGGAAUGUGGAAGUGGAAUGAAAUCUGCGACGAUCGGUUAAAAACCGCCCAAAACGGAACCUUAUUUUGAUUAACCAUAGCUGUAAUAUUUAUUUGUUUUGUAUGAUGAUGUACGGUGGGAGUAUGCAUGUGAGUUGGUGGCAGUGAGAACGAGAGAGAGAUAGAGAGAGAGAGAGAGAGAAACUUCCCUGUUACCUGAAUC